CGGGAAAAAUUGGCUUCCAAGAUGGAGGACAGCACAGAUCUAUUGCUUUCCUCGACGAUUUCGUUUGAACAACGGUUUAACUGCUUGAUAUGCUGGACUCCGAAUCUACGAAUGAUAUACGGUUCUUGCCAGCAUCGUUUGUGCGAGAAUUGCUUGUAUGACAAAAAUGGUAACAGGAGAACUGGGCUGGAAAGAUGCCCCACUUGCCAAAGAGAAAAUGCUUUUCUCGAGACACGACCAGACAUACCCGAGGACAAUAUGGAAAUUCAAGUUCACUUAGGUGUCAGGAAAUGCCCUAAUAGUCGCUGCAAGUUGCAAAUGUGGCACUGGGAACUACCAGAUCAUUUGCAAAACUGUCCACGGUCCACACCAAAGAAAAGGAAAAGUUCUGGUGAUCAAGUGAGUGGCACAGAAAUGAAAAAGCCUAUGACGCGGAGAAGUCAAACAAAUAAACAAGUAGAACUUCUAUCUGAUAAAACAGGAAGGAGAACAGAGACAAGUAGUGGGUCCAACAGACACAAUCUGCGGCCAAGAAAGGAGAAGAAUAGAAGUUAUACAACAUAGAGGUGAUCGGAUGAGUUUGAACAAUCACAACAUAUCCAAGACGUGAAUAUUACUGUACAUCAAUGUAUUACACUGUAAAUAAUUAUUUAGAAUGUUAUUAUUUACCCUGGCUAGAUAUCACAUGUAUGCACUGUACAGCUGUAUUGUGUGUACUAAAAACCCCAAUUGCUUUCUGUAAAGAUCAUUCAAAAACUACACCCAAUAAUAUUUUUGAGGUCAAUUUGUUAGUGAUUUACACAUAGAGUGUGCUGAUUAUCAUAGGAAGGAGCUCUAACAUUAGUUGGGCAUUAAGACAAUUUAUUAGCUUGAUUAUAUCGCCAGUCAUGUGCAUUUCCUAUCAUUUCAGUAGUGAAAGAAUGCAAAACAUCAGUUGUAAUGUUGAACCUUACUCUUAUUGCCUUUAUUCUUGCAAAUAUUUGUCGUUUACAUUGACCACAAUUUCUUUGCGAAAACUGAUAACAUCUUUCCCAGUACUACAUGUAAGUAACCACCUUUUUUACAAAAUCAAAGUACAGUACAUAUGUUUCAAAGUUUUAACUUUAAUUUGAAGUAAAUUCUUUGGUUGUUACAGAAAUUAUCAGAAUUGCAUACUGCAGGUAUUUUUUCUACCUGUCUCUUCUUGGAAAGUUUAUGUCCCCUAAAUUACUAUUUAAUAAGUAAGUUAUGUCUUUAAUCAUUUAAGACUGUUGCACAGUUGUAGAGCAUUGAUGCAUGGGUGUCUUGCACUAUUAAUGGAGCAAGAAAUGAACUUUUGUUAUUGAGCAUUGGAGCAUUGUAAUAUUAUUUCAGAGUAUUCCACAAGUUCUUUUCCUAAAGGUCUAUACAUGAACUGCAGAACAUUGUGCAAGCAAUUCAGAGUCUGCUUAUUGGUUGUAAACCAAUGACUUCCACAUACAUGUACAUUUGUAUAGAACUGCUGCCUUGUUAUGUAUAUAAUAAAGUACAAAAUAAUAUUAGAUAUUUUUCUGAAUGCAUUUGUGGCAUGCCUGGAAAUUUUCUCCACAAACUAAGAUGGAUUGACUCAAUUAUAGCCUGGACUUGUCCAAAGUUUUUUCUUGGCCUGAACUUAUACAGGUACAUUUGGUGCAGAAACUCUUGCAUAGUGUGCUUAAAAGUAAAAAAAGACUUCCAUUGACGAAGUGAGUAAUGACUAAACAUCUCCACCAAAAAAUGUCAUUUACAAAUCAAACUUGGGUUUGCGAAUUUUUUUUUUUUUCAGUCAAGCAAUAUUAUUGACUUAGAACUAGUCUUUGAGUGGUCCCUCGUUCAUCUCAGACACAUGAAUGUAAAGUGAAGAAAACAAGUGCGAGGCAGACUACAUGUAUGGAGAAAUAGACUGCUUGCAGUCUUUGACAUACGCUGAAGAUAAGCAAGAAGUAAACUAUAUUAUACAUGUAUUCCACUGUCAAAUUAAAUAAGAAAGCUAUGUCUGGCUUA